CCGCUGCGAAAUAGGCCACGGGCCAGAUGUGGGGUGGUAGGACCUGGACCUUGUCCCGGCUGUGGGGGUUGUGGCCAACAGGGGUCCUCGGACGGAGACCGCUGAGCUGCAAUGCUGCGUCGCUAAAAGGAAACAGCUCCCCCCAGUGUUGGAACUGCGGCGGCCCAGGGGACCUCAUUCGGGGGGACGGGUUCUUCUGCCCACAGUGCCGGGCUCUGCAGCCACCUGACCCCACUAGAGACCACUUCAGCCUUAUGGACUGCAACCGUUCCUUCAGAGUUGACACUACAAAGCUCCAGCAUAGGUACCAGCAAAUACAGCGUCUAAUUCACCCAGACUUCUUCAGCCAGAGGUCUCAGAGAGAAAAGGACUUCUCAGAGAAGCAUUCGACCCUGGUGAAUGACGCCUAUAAGACCCUUCUGGCUCCCCUGAGUAGGGGACUAUACCUUCUAAAGCUCCAUGAAGUAGAGAUUCCUGAAGGAACAGAUUAUGAAAUGGACAGGCAAUUCCUCAUGGAAAUAAUGGAUAUCAAUGAAAAGCUCGCAGAGGCUCAAAAUGAAGCUGCCAUGAAAGAGAUUGAAUCUACUGUCAGAGCAAAACAGAAAGAAUUGACUGACAGUGUGAGCAGAGCUUUUGAACAAGAUGAUUUUGAAAAAGCCAAGGAAAUUUUAACAAAGAUGAGAUACUUUUCAAAUAUAGAAGAAAAGAUCAAGUUAAAGAAGAUUCCCCUCUAAUUGUUGCUAGUUUUAAAGUUUUAAAAAUAAAGUUCUUAUAUAUUUCAAAAAAAAAA